CACCAACCUGCCAUGCGCAGUACGUAACACAUACGUAAAAUGCUAUGACUUUCUUAAGAGCAUACUCUAUUUCCAUACUUGUAUUAAAGAGCUUUAGGGAUGAAAAACUAUAUCACCGAUCAAAGUAACUUCCUUCAUCAAAGAUUCCAGACUUGCUUUACAUAACCGUUGCAAGCCUAUUAUAACGCUUAUAGAUUAUCAAAGUGUGAUGUUCCAAUCGUUCCAAUCACUGAGAUGAUUUGGUGAAAGCUUGAAAAUAAAAUCAAGUAACUGAAAUAAUAUUUGGUUAUUCAUAUUACCUUCAAUCGAUAUGCAAAUUGGCUGUUUUGAUUGACUAUUAUUCUGGUGGUAGUUGUGGGAUUAUAUAUUUUCAAAAUGAGCGAUCAAGAUUCAGUGGAAUCCAUAAAAGAUCGCAAAAUACGAUUAUUAACUCAAAAAAAUGAAGAACGUAAACAGAAAUUGGAGAAACGAAAAGAAAGCAAGGCGAUGCAAAGCUUACAAGAAGAAAACAUCAACUUCGUAUUGGAUAAAUUUGAACAAUUGGAGAAAGAAAUAAUAUCUUGUCUUAGCCAAAUCGAAGACGUCAAUGUACCCAAAGAAUCAUUACCCGAAUUAUUCGAUUCCAGUUAUUGUAAAUUAGAAGAAUGGCAAAAAAUGAUUUCAUUAACUUCUCACAUAUUAAGAAUUUAUCAUAAGAAGCAGUUUCAAGUAAAAUACCAAGAGAUGAAUGAUAAACGUUUGAAACUAGAGCAAAGUUUAAUACCUCAGAAAAAGUUCAGCUUUACGAAACUACGUUCCAAGAAUGCGAAAAAUGAGACCGGUGAUAAGGAAUUAUUCCCAAACAAUGUUCAAGACGAGCCCGACGCUGCCGCCGUCACUGAGAAACCAGCCAAGAAAUAUGUCCUGAAAUUGGACGACGAAUUUGGCUUUUUCCAACGAGAAAAUGAGAGCGUUGUGCUGAAACACGAAGAAGUGUUCCUGAAAGAUGUUACCUUUCGUGAUUUGAAAUCUUGCCAGAUCAGAAUGGAAGGAGGAGCAAAUACAGUUCAUUUUGUUUCAUUGACAGACUGUUUGAUACUUUGUGGACCAGUUUCAACGUCUAUAUUCGUAGAUAAGUGUUCAAACUGUACGUUCGUCGUUGCUUGUCAACAGCUCCGAGUGCAUCAUACAUUUGAUACGAAUUUUUACGUUCACGUUACCAGUCGUGCUAUAAUAGAAGAUUGUAAAACGGUUUAUUUCUCUCCUUAUAACUGGGAUUAUGACGGUAUAGAUGAACAUUUCCAGAAAGUAAAUUUAGAUAAGGCUGUGAAUAAUUGGAAUUUGGUUAAUGAUUUUAAUUGGCUUUCAUCGGCGCCUUCGCCGAACUGGAAAAUAAUCGAAGAAAGUGAAAGAAAGUUGAAAUGGAGCUGAACUUAUUUUAGAGAGCUUUUUCGAUUUCGUUACCUAUUUAAUUUUCCACGGAACGCUGAAUCUUUGUAUACCAUUAUUGCCACUAUUAUUUUUAACUCGUUAACAUUUGUAAUAUGUAAUGAAAUUAUUGAAGAUGUUUUUAACAAAUUAUAACUUUUCUAUGCCGCAGAA